GUUUCAAAAUGGCGCACUAAAAUCGAAUAUAGAUAUGUAAUAAUUUCUAUCGAGGUUUGAUCUCCACAGUAUACAAUGAUGUGGGACUUACAGCGGACCAAAGAGUUUUUGGUGGAUGAAACGACUUGUGGUCCACUUUGUCAGCAUCCCUCCUGUUGGAGUUCUAGUAAUAGAAAAAUCAAAGGAAUACCUCACUAUGCACCAAGAAUACCAUCUCCAGAUAGUAUUGAAACUGACCUUCCAACAGUUAAGGUUUAUAAUAUGUUAGGAGAGUAUGGGGAUGAUGAGAAAGAUUUAUAUCCAGCAAAGCAUUAUGGGAAGGCUGCACAUACCAGAAAAUCUUCAUUACCUUUGGUCAAAGAAGGAAUAACUAAGAGUGCAAGUAGUGGAUUUAAACCAAAGGCCCCAGCAGGCACUCCCAUAUCUAUCGACACAAGAAAUAGGACAGAUAUUGCAGCGAAAAAACCAGUGAAGGUUGUAGAAGUUCAGGAAGUAUUUGAUGUGGAUGAUUUAAACAGUACAUGGGAUAAUGCAUUUGUACCAAAGCAGUGUCUAGUUUGGGUUCCUAAUCCUAAUUAUAAAAGAAAAGUUACACAAGACCAAAUGGCAUCAAUCAACCAGCUAUCCAAAGGAUCUAAACCUAAGAUUUUACUGAAGGACAUAACAGGUGAUAUGCUGCCAACAGACCUGGAUUAUGAUCAAAUGUCUUUUUCAAGGAAAGAGAGCCAUUACAGUUUUAUCAGUGAUAGAAGAAGAGGACGAUCUCCACCUCCCUCCAGUAGACGGAUUACUCCCUACAGCAGAGGGACCCUAAACUUCACUUCACAAGGUGGUAGAAGACCACAGUUUAUAUUUGACAUGGAAGGCAAUCCUGUAUAUGCAGAAUUAGAUGAGUUAUUGGAACUUCCAAGAGAGAUACUAAUACAGGUACUGGACAAUGCUAAACCUAGUGAUUUCACAUCUAGGGAGGCAAUGCAUGAGCUGAUAGAAAAGUUUUAUCCAAGUUUUGAUAGAGGAAUUUCUAACCUAACCUCAACUAGUGUUGAACUUUUGCAACAAAAGAAGAUGAAUAUUCAUGAGGGAAAAUCCAGAAAUUUAAGAACUGGACAUCUGAUAGAAACCAAACCAGUAUUUCACUUAGAUGAGGAUGGUGUUGAACAGCCAAAACAUAUUGUGGAUGCAAUUAGUGAGAGGAGUCAUCAACCAUUAGAUAGUGAAUAUGUAGAAUCAAUCAGGGAUUUGUAUAUAAACAGAAAAAGAGAAUAUAAUCAGAAGAAACCAUUACCUCCAAUUGGUCAGCAAUUGGUCAAAAAGAGGAAACCUAAAAAAGUUAAAAACCAGAAAACUAAGUUAGCAUCAAUAUCACUUGGAUUACCAGAGUUACCAACUGGUGUCAAACAUACAAGAUCAUUUACAUAUAACAAGAAAAAUUACCAACAUGUAGAUCUUACUAUUGCUCCUGUACCAACUCCUCCAUUGAGUGUUAGGGAGACUGAAAGUCAGGCAUCAGAACAUGGUACAACUGUACGAGUUAAUAUUCCCUCUGUGGAGUCUGUAAGAAAGGAAGCAUUGAUUGAGGAUACAGGUUCUACUGAUACACCACAUUCUUCCAGAUCUGGACGUGAAGCAGCUCCCAUGCAUACUGUAUCCCCUGCCUUGUCUACUAAAGUACCACAUGCUCCUGCUACAACUCCAGCGACACACCAGACACCUACUGGUACCUUUAGCAGAGAUACUACAAUGAGAUCACAGGUUCAAACCAGAGGAGAUACAAGAGAAGGUGUAUCAUCACCAACACAAAAUAUAAGAGCUCCUACAAACUCACCAAGGCUGUCUCCAGAACCAACAGGAGGUCUUGAUACAAUUAAGGAAGCACAACACGAAGGUGGUAUUGAUUCAGCUCAUCCUGUUUCAAGAGGUGGAAGAAGUGUAAGAUUUUCACAGGAUGUUCCAGAGGUCCCAGCCCCUCCAUCAUCACCUGACAGGGAAAUAGAGGGACCAAGAUCUAGUGUUACAACACCUAUGGAACAACCUGAAACACCAAAACCAACAUCAGGCAAUACUGUGAGGUCAAAUAAAUCAACUGUUAAUUCAUCUGUCAAAGAAAACAGUGAUCUUGAACUGAAACCAAUUGUGUCAAAACUAAAAGAUCCAUCAACAGUGUCUACUCCAGAACCAUGGCCGUCAGUUAAUGAGGCAGAUUAUGAUAUGACCCCAUCUGGAACAAAUGCUGGACUUCAUGAAAGCAGUCAAAAUACUCACUCAUCCAGUGUUAACCUGGAUUCUAGAUUAGCAUUGGGAGAUCCAAGCUCCAGGAAUUAUACCACAGCUAAUUCUACAGUAAGGUCAGAGGUCAGUAGUGGAACAUCACUCACAAGUAGGAAUGCCUCUGGUAAAGGGGAAUCUCCUGCUCCCCCACCACCAUCACCUGAAUCUAAAGACAAAAAACAGGAUAAUCCGAAAUCUGGUCGGAAACGAGAACUAUUAUCUAGAGAAUCUUCAAUGGCCCCAGUAAUUGAGGAAAAAGAUGAAGAACAUGAAGACACUCAUGUUAGAACUUUGGUUGUGGAAGUACCACCUCUUGGACAACCUACAGAAAAGCCCAAGGAAAAAAAUCACAGAACAACUGAUACAUUUAUCAAUAUAGACAUUCCAGCAAUGAGUAUGGAUGAACUGAGUAUGGAAAAGUCAAGGUCAGAUAAUAGUCACAUGACUGAAAUUGUAGAGAGACCAGGAACUGAGGAAAAUGAAAGUAGUGGUGAAACAAUGGAUGGACAAACUAUAAAUACUCGUGAUGCUGUACUGUCAGUUCAGACCACAUCUGAGGGAGAACCUAACACUCUUGAUCCGGAUUCUCAGUCAAAUAUGGAUUCUGCUGGAGUAACACCUUCUAUGGGAGCCAAUGAGUCUCCUACAUCUACUAUUCCAGAAAACAAACUCAAAAUGGAAGAUUUAAAGUUUAUGGACCAGACCAUGGAUGAUAAGGAUGAUAAGGAUGAAAAAGAAGAGAAAAAUGAGAAAGAUUUGGAAAUGACAGAAGAAGGUGGAGACCAUGCUGGGUUUAAACAUGAACUACAAGAAGAACUAGAAAAGUUGUCUCAAAAAGAUUCCAUAGAAAACAAUGCAGAAUGAACAAGAGAGCUUUAAAUUGUAUAAAGAAGUAAAAAAAAAUAUUUUUAAAUCACUGCAGUCAUUGAUUUUGAAAUUGCCAGUAAUGAUAAAACAAAUAAUUGAAGUAUUAGAUACAUUUUAGAUGAAACAGUGAUACUUACAGUAAAAAUUCAUUAAAAGUUCAGUAAUAAGUUGAAAAUUUGAAACCUCUUUCAUAAUUAUCUUUAUCUUGUAGAAUGAAAUUCACAUUCUUUGUGCACUGUAAUAUGCUUUUUCUGUAACCAGGGUUACUAAGCCAUAUAAUGCAGCAAUUGAUUAAAAGGUGUUUUGAUCGAAAGACAAUUUGAACUAUCACAUUUGUUGUUGCAAUAUUAUAUUUUGUCAAACAAUUUUAUGGAAAUGAAUCGAUAUGAAUUAUAUCAACAUAUUUGAUUUCAUAAUAUUAUUAAUGAAAUGUGUAGGUAUUUGAAUUUAUGAUAAUUAUAAUACAGAAAUUUAUACAAAAGAAUUGUUAUAAGUUUUGCAUUUCUGAAUAAUCUUAAUUUGAUGUACAAAAAAUAUGUUUGUGAGGAUUACCUUGUAGUUGAAACUAGUUUUGAUAGUUUUUCAAAAUAUUUAGUUACUAGGAUAGUCAAAAGCAUAGGAAGAGAUCUAGUUUUAUUUUACUGAAGUACAUGUUAAAUCUAUGGCAGUUUUUCAAGUGUUUAAAAUGUGAGCAAGAUUAUAAAUUAUGAAGUCAGUGUGAAACAAUCCCAAUGAUUUUUAUAAAUCAAUUUUAGGCUUGUUCUAAAGCUUUAUUGAUUAGUGAUCAUGGCAACAAGCAAUUGUAAAUUAUUGUAAUAUAUUGCAUUGUUUUCUAAAAACCCAUGUUAAUAUGACUAUAAUUGGAUUUUUUUUUGUUUUUUUAUGGUUUUUUAAAUCAAAACAAAGUUUUAAAUUUAUUUAGAUACCCAACACUGAUGACUUAUAGAAACAGUUUUUAUUGAUUUAAAAAAUAAUAAAAACAGUGCAAAGAAUAAUUGCUAGGACAAUUUUUUUUAAUCCUAUAGGACUCUUAAUAUCCAUAACGUGGCAAAAAUGAAAUAAAAAAAUGUCAGAAUAAUAGGAUAACAAAUAAACAGUGACAACACUUAUCAUUGUAAUAGAAUGAGCAAACCAUACAGUAUUAUGUGUGUAGUUCCACUGGGUAUUCAAUUAAUACACUCAACUCUAAAAAAACACUAUUGGAAUGAGAUUGUGAAGUCAUAUAAAUGGUAAUUUAUACAUUUAGAAUAAUAUCAUUGCUACCAAGAGAAUGAUAUAGUUAACCAAUUUCAUCAGAUUCAUCCUUAAAAUUGCUUUUAAUUUACCAAAGCCACAAAAAAGUGAUAAGCAUUACGUAUACUGAUUUUCAUACAUGUAUUUAGUUUGUUAGGUUUCAAAUCCCUCAAGCAAAGAUGAUAAUAAACUGUUUUAAUGGUCCCAAGUAAGGCAGUUGUUAUUGUUAUGCUCUUAAAUAUUAAAUAAUUUUGGCUAUCCUAAUUUUGGCCACGAGGGGACUUGAUGAAGGUUUAUUCCAAAGAUAUGUGGUGUGCCCGUUGAAAUGGAUAUGAUAUACAAUAUAUAUUUUGUUUGUUAGUGGUAAGCAAUUGCCGAUUUUUUUAUCUCUUUCACAUAGAUCAAUCAAGAACUUUUUGGAUGUACAAUAUGAUUAUAUCUUUUCAACCAUUUUCCUUCUGUAGUGAUAGGUAUUGUUUGUUUGAUGCAUGUGUCUCAAGAACUUUGCAAAAUAAAUCAAUUACAUUUGGUUAGUGCAUUUCAUGCCAGGAAUACUAAUAUAUCCAUCUGAGAAAUUUUAGCAAACCUGACCAUGUUUUUUUUUUCUUAAUUACUUUUAUUCCUCAGUUAACUAUGGAUGAUUGGUCUGCAAUAUGAUUUUAACGGGAAAAUUUCCAUCUGAUAUGUCAUAUGACCUAAACGUCAUUUCUUAUUUCAAUUUUCAUGUCAGCCUUGUAUACAUGACCUUGACCUCACAUUCUUAUGGUCAGGUUAUAUCUUCUGCAUUAAGUAUCCCCCUUAAUAACUGUAAAUGACAAGUCAAUAAUAUUUGGUGGUAUAUAUUUAUUUCAUGAAAUAAAUUAAAUUGUGAAUUUUUAAUGCCUUAUGGAGCAUAGUACUCCAUUAGUUGGGUUAAGAUUAGUAAAUUUUCUGUUCUUUAAAGCCUUACAAGUCUUAAUGGUUUGUAUACAUAGAUGUCAUUUAAAUUAAAACAUUUUGACGCACUUUGAAUUCAGUUAUCAAUCCAAUAUUUUUAUUAAUUUGAUGUUUAUUUAAAAUUGCAUGUAUUAUGUUCUUAAUUUACAGUCUAGACAUUGUGAUAUUUCAGCAGGUAACACAUUUUAUGGUGUAAAUGAUGUUUUUGCAUAUUGGCUACCCGAAAUUGUCCCAAUUUGAAUCUAUUCAUGGACUAAUUUUGUCCAUUUCAAAUCUAAAUAAAAUAAGAAAAACAAUUUUUUUUUGAUAUACCUGAUACAUGUAUUGUUGUCCUUUUAUACAUUUUAAUGAAAAUAAUUGAUUGUUAGUUGUCAAUACUUUCAACAAUCAGCAUUUUUUUUUGGGUAAAAUUGAUUCAACUCUAUGAUUUUAAGUCUUGUUUAAAAUCAACACCAUUUUUAUAUAUUUUUUUUUAUUUUUAUCAAAUCAAACAGUUAAACUAUUUGAAAUUUGAUUAUUUAAAAAUAGCAAAAUUACAAAACAGUAUUAAUCAGAACUAAUAUUCUCUUGCUGAUACAAUAUUUAAUCAUUCUGUCUUUUAGUUAAUAUUAACUGUAAACCUUUAGAGAACAAUUAAUGCAACACUGCAUAAAGAUAUCAUUUAUAGAAAAUCUUCAUUGAUAAAAAUCAUUACUGCUUUUAGUGCCCAGUGAUUGAUGAUCAUAAAUUAAACCAAUAUUCACUGUGGAGGAAGGCAAAUGCAUAUCAUUUCUAGGGAAAUUCCCUAAUGAAACAAUUUACUGAUGCAGAGAAAAAGUUCAAAUAGUGUCUGAUUCCCAGGUGUGGAAUUUACCUGAAAUUGACAUUUACACACACCAGGUAACCAGACUGAGAUAGGAAUCACAAGUUACUCUUAUUAUCAACAAUCAAUUUGAGUUAUAUUUGAAAAUGUCACGUUUUAAUAAUCAGUUAUGAUUUACGUGGUAAUUUUUCAUGAAUAUUUCAUUUGUACAUUAAUACUGCAUUUAUUUGAUCUAUUUUUACCACUUUUUAGAGUAUUAUAUUCUUUUAAAUGCAUUAUUAAAAAUGGAUAUAUUUGUCAGAUUUUAUUAAAGAGUGGCAAGUGAAUUUUUUUUGUAUAAUUUGAUCUUGUGUUAUCAAUUUCUAUAUGUAAUGUUUGCAUAAUUGAUACAUUCUUAAGAUAGUUUUCCUUAUAUAUGUUUUCUUAUAAGAUAGUUUGUCAUAUGUUAAUUUAUAUUAGUGCUUUUGUUAUAAAAUUCUAUGUAUUUCGCUGUCUGUGAUAUUUCACAUUUUUAGCUCACCUGGCCCAAAGGGCCAAGUGAGCUUUUCUCAUCACUUUGCGUCCGUCGUUGUCGUCGUCCGGUGUCGUCUGUUAACUUUUACAAAAAUCUUCUCCUCUGAAACUACUGGGUCAAAUUUAACCAAACUUGGUCACAAUCAUCAUUGGGGUAUCUAGUUUAAAAAAUGUGUCCGGUGAUCCGGUCAACCAACCAAGAUGGCCACCAUGGCUAAAAAUAGAACAUAGGGGUAAAAUGUAGAUUUUGGCUUAUAUCUCUGAAACCAAAGCAUUUAGAGCAAAUCUGACAUGGGGGGUAAAAUUGUUUAGCAGGUCAAGAUCUAUCUGCCCUGAAAUUUUCAGAUGAAUCUGACAACCCGUUGUUGGGUUGCUGCCCCUGAAUUGGUAAUUUUAAGGAAAUUUUGCAGUUUUUGGUUAUUAUCUUGAAUAUUAUUAUAGAUAGAGAUAAACUGUUAACAGCAAUAAUGUUCAGCAGAGUAAGAUCUACAAUUAAGUCAACUUGACCAAAAUGGUCAGUUGACCCCUUAAGGAGUUAUUGCCCUUUAUAAUCAAUUUUUAACCAUUUUUCGUAAAUUUUUGUAAUCUUUUACAAAAAUCUUCUCCUCUGAAACUACUAAAACAAAUUUAACCAAACUUUUACACAAUCAUCAUUAGGGUAUAUAGUUUAAAAAUGUGUCCGACGACCCCGCCCGCGAACCAAGAUGGCCGACAUGGCUAAAAAUAGAACAUAGGGGUAAAAUGUAGAUUUUGGCUUAUAUCUCUGAAACCAAAACAUUUAGAGUAAAUCUGACAUAGGGUAAAACUGAUUAUCAGGUCAAGAUCUAUCUGCCCUGAAAUUUUCAGACCAAUCAGGCAACACGUUGUUGGGUUGCUGCCCCUGAAUUGGUAAUUUUAAGAAAAUUUUGCAGCUUUUGGUUAUUAUCUUGAAUAUUAUUAUAGAUAGAGAUAAACUGUAAACAGCAAUAAUGUACAGCAAAGUAAGAUCUACAAAUAAGUCAACAUGACCAAAAUUGUCAAUUGACCCCUUAAGGAGUUAUUGCCCUUUAUAGUCAAUUUUUUACAAUUUUUUCAUAAAUUUUGUAAAUUUUUGUAAAUUUUUACAAAAUAUUUUCCACUGUAACUACUGGGCCAAGUUCAUUAUAGAUAGAGAUAAUUGUAAGCAGCAAGAAUGUUCAGUAAAGUAAGAUCUACAAACACAUCACCAUCACCAAAACACAAUUUUGUCAUGAAUCCAUCUUUGUCCUUUGUUUAAUAUGCACAUAUACCAAGGUGAGUGCACAGGCUCUUUAGAGCCUCUAGUUUAUUUAUUGAUAAUCUUUGUUUUCUUAAAUGAAUUGCUUUUCAGAAUAUAACUUUAGGAAUUUUCCUUAAACUUUAUGUUCAUUAUUUGGGGGUUUGAUAUAUUGAAUUAACCAGCUGCCUGUUGCCAACAAUGAAUUAACUAGCAUGAUAAAAAGAAAAACCACAUUUUGCAAGUUUAAAAAAAAAAAUGUGUUUUUUUUGGUUUGUUUUUGUUCAUAUCUUUAUAGUACCAAAUGUUGUUUUAAGGACAAGCUAACUGUAGAAUAAUGGUAAUUUGAUAGAAAUGCAUUAAUAUAUACUUUUAACCAGAACUUACAUUUAUGUUAUAAAGCACAUCUGUGAUAACUUAAAUUAAAUUUAUGAAAAAACCUUGAUUUUUUAUGCAUAAGAUGAUUCAUUGAUAUUGCUGUCCUACAUGGCCUUCUGUCUUGGUAGAUAUUUGAAUAGAUUCUAUAUAUUUAUA